AUGUGUGCCUUCUUCAUAGGGUCUACGGAUGAUGCCCUUGCUGUUUCUGAUCCCAACGCCUCCGAGCCUGACUUACACGCUGCAGAUCUCCUACCACUGAUCUUUCAACAAACCUGGGACCCGGCCCCCAGCAGCACCCCGUUUGCGGAGAUCAUCGAGCAGCCGAAGCAGCGCGGCAUGCGUUUCCGCUACCAGUGCGAAGGGCGCUUGGCUGGCUCCAUUCCUGGGGAGCGAAGCACGGAUACCACCAAGACCCACCCCACCAUCAAGAUCCAUAACUACGUGGGUCCAGGCAAAGUUCGUAUCUCGUUGGUGACCAAGGAGUCCCCGUACCGGCCGCACCCCCACGACCUCGUGGGGAAAGACUGCAGGGAGGGCUACUACGAGGCCGAGCUCUCUCCAGAACGCUCCAUCCACAGCUUCCAGAACCUGGGGAUCCAAUGUGUGCGGAAACGAGACUUGGACAAAGCGGUCGCCAGGCGCCUUGAAACGGCCAACAAUCCUUUCAACGUGUCUGCAGAAGAGUUAAAAGGAGAUUACGACCUGAAUGCGGUUCGACUGUGUUUCCAGGUGUGGAUCCGGGACGCAGGCAGCAGCCGCUUGGUCCAGCUGCCUCUGGUGGUCUCGCAGCCCAUCUAUGACAAUCGUGCCCCCAACACAGCUGAACUGAAGAUCUGUCGAGUGAAUCGUAAUUCGGGAAGCUGCCUGGGGGGAGACGAGAUUUUCCUCCUCUGUGACAAAGUCCAGAAAGAGGACAUUGAAGUCCGGUUCUUCAAGGACUCCUGGGAAGCAAGGGGGUCUUUCUCUCAGGCCGACGUCCACCGGCAAGUGGCCAUCGUCUUCAAGACCCCGCCGUACAUGGACCAAACCCUGCGGGAGCCGGUGACGGUCCAGAUGCAGCUGCGCCGCCCGUCGGACAAGGAAGUCAGCGGGCCCAUGGAAUUCCGCUAUCUCCCGGAUGAAGGUGACUUUCAUCGUAUCGAGGAGAAACGCAAGCGGACACUCAGUACUUUCAAGAACUUUGUGCAAAAGGCGCCCUUUGCAGUCGGAGCCCCAGAAUCACGCUCUCCGCGCCGCAUUGCUGUUCCGAAGCAUAGCCUGGCGCGGCCCAGUUCCAGCGGCAUCCCAGGGCUUCUGGGAGCAUCGGCGCCAUCGGCUGCUCCCAAACCUCAGAUGAUGCUCCAGCCUCCGGCCGGCUUCUUUGCCCGGCCCAGCCACACCCCGCCUGCUCCUGCUCCUGCCGCAGCGACACAGUCCGCCUUCACCACCGUCAACAUGGAAGACCUCUCCGGCCUGGGGGUGUCCCAGCCGCCGCCGCCCCCCGAAUCCGAGGCGGAAACCAGCAUUGCCGACGCUUUUCUCAACCUCCAUUUCGAGGGUGGGGACGCUGGGUCCAUGGAACUCGGAGGGCUGCUGGACGACGCCCCUUACACCAGCCUGGAGGGGAUUAACACGGCUGAGUUCCGCCAGCUCCUGACGGGAGGAGGAGGAGGAGGUGGUGGUGGUCCCGCCACUGGGCUUCCUGACAACCAGGGCACUCUGCUGACCUACCCCGAAUCCAUCACCCGCCUGGUCAGCCAGCGGAGGGCUGAAGGGGAGCCGGGUGGCAACGGAGAGGGCGGUGGAGGGAACAACGCCGCGGCCAGCAGCUUCCUCAAUGGCCUUUUGGGGGCCCUGCCUAGCGAGGACAGCUUCUCCUCUAUGGUAGACAUGGAUUUGAACUCGCUUCUGAGUCAGCUGAACUCAUAGGGGAAUGGGAGCCAACCGGCCUCUCCCCCCCUCAGGCUCAUAGGCUCAGAUUCUUGGUUUCCCAGCUGGUCUUUUUUGGCUUGAAGGUCGAGACUUCCAAGGGAUACAGGUUUGGGAGUGUUGUUGUUCUUUGAGAGCAGAUGAUCUGUUGACUUACCUGCCCAGUCUCAAUACUUCCAUGGAGCAGCGGCCUGAAUCAAGGAGAGGGGGGGGGAAUCUCCUUUGUAGGAGAUGUGAGAAGCUAUACGUCUGUCAACUUUGGAUUAAAUGCCCUUGCCUUAUGGAAGGCAGAGACGGUUCUUGUUCCGAAACAGCGAUGUACUGCGAAAGAGCGCAACGACAUUUGGAAGGCGAUGAGGAAUGUAUCCCCCUCUCGGAUCUUGCCUUCUGAGACACCACCGCCUGGGGUCCCUUUUUCCACUUGAUGCCUUUUUCGUUGCCUCUUCUUAUCGAAGUAUGUACAGAAGAGGGUACCCAGCCGGGAGGGCCCUUGGGCAGUUUUAAGAACAGAAAGCAGAAACUCUCGCGGGUGAGCCUUUCACCUGCCCAGAAGCCCUUCCCGAACUCGAGGACGGUUCUUAGCGUUGCCGAACGAACACAAAAGUGUCCUUUAUACCUGGAAGUGCCUUAAAAAUCUUGUUUGCCGCAGGGGUGGUGACGGUGGAAAUCCCAAUAAAAAAUGUACAGCAUCCUCUCCCGGAAGAGGUUCACCUCGAGGUGCUGCAAGCUGGGUUUGAUGGAACUUGUACCCCAGUGGAUUUGGACCGUGCCCUAUGGGGAGGAGACCCCCCAUUCCCAACUCUCGGGCUGUCGUGGGGCUGAGCUGGCCUCUGGCCUCCUCUUAAAGGAGGCGGAAAGGACCAGCGGGACUCAACAUGGUUGGGUUUUCUUUGGCCCUGCAAAGUCAUAAAAGUGGGUGGCCUCUUCUCCUAUAUUAAAAGCCCCUUUGGGACGAUGGACUCCUCCGGUUUCCGGCAGGUCUCGUUUUUCAGCCACGGAACCUGCCUGGUUGUCCUCCCUUCUGUGGCCCUCGAUCUUCCAUCAUCCCCUUCAUCUCCCCCUCUACGGGCCCAUCCUGCAAAACAAGCAAGCGAUGGGGAAGGGUCUUCCCGUCCCUCCCCGGGGACAGACCAGAUGGAGUCCAAGCCAUAAACUGUUAUACUCGAAAAGCCGGUGAAACGACACCCGCCUCGGACAGCGGGGAUUUUGGAACUGGGGGUGGGGAUUCAGGGAAAAGUUUCUGCCAGGCCCCGAUCCGACCGGCAUAGGUAGAUUGGGGGGGCUUGCGUCUCUUGUCUGCCCCUGUCCAGAGUGCUUUCUGUGCCUUGCUUCAUGAUGAGACUAUCUGCUGCAUUUUUAAAGGGAGUCGUCGUGUGAAGAUACAUUAACCACUUAAGUGCUGUUACUCUUCCAACUUUUAUUCCCCACCUUUGGAGUAUUGAAAUUUACUGUUGCGCGACACCCACACACACCCCUCAACUUUCUUAUAGCAGGUGCCUAAUAAACGGAAGCCGCAGCUUUGUAAAAUGU